CCUGCGCGUUCAGUACUUGUAGGUGUGUGGAGAACGACAACGCCGGGACCGGAACACACCUGAGGUUCCCGGGUCAAUAGAUCACCUUGUUUAUGGUUGGAUUACAAAGCAAGGAGCCAUGUGUCUUGGAGGAAAGAUUGACAACAUCAAGUAUUUGAUGUACGCAUUCAACAUUUUGUUCAUGGUCCUUGGCCUCGGCUUAAUAGGCUUUGGGAUAUGGCUCCGUCUUGGCCCAGUGACCGGCAAAUACAUAGAUGAAGCGUACAAUUUCAAUGCAUUGUACAUACCAGCUUAUGUCUUCAUUGCCAUCGGUGCCGUGAUGUUCGUGAUUGGGAAUAUCGGAGUCUGUGGUGCAAUCAGAAAGAAACAGCAACUCCUUAUAGUGUUCUUCAUAAGUUUGUUCGUCUUCUUUGCCAUUCUUCUUGUGACUGGAAUUAUCGUCUUAACUCAAAGGAGCCCAUUACGGGAUGCGUUCCGUGAUCACCUACAGAGCAAAGUCAAGGCGUUUAAUAACCAAGAUGCCCAAACGUAUAUGGACAAUUUUCAGAAUACAUUUAACUGCUGUGGAGGAGAAAGAGGUGUUUUCGAUUAUCGCAUCAUAAACAUAACCACGGACAACUGUACACCAGAGAAUCACUACAAGCCUUGCGCUGACGAGUAUAUAAAACAGUUGACCCCCGACGUUGUCCUGACGAUCGGAGUCGCCUUCGGUGCUGCUGCUGUUAUGGUUUUAGGAAUGAGUUUGUCGUUGAUAUUCAGCUGUGUAAUACGGAGGGCAGGAUAUUGAUGGAACACAGAGGUCGAGAGAAGAACAAUGACUUGGUCUUUGACGAAGUCGUCAGGCAACAACAGUUGUGUUAGACUGGUUCAUUUCUGGAACAUUACUUCCAAUAUCAUAAUUUCUGCAACCAGAAACGAACACCUACUGACACAUAACAUGUUUGAAACAGUGGACUAGUGACACGUCAGCAAUAUGUUAGUCACAGUAGUUUAAUGAUUUGGGUCAACUUCACUCACAUUUAACUUUUUUAAAGAGCGAAAUAUCACUAAUAUUUGUUCUCACGUCUGAAGUUUUGCUCUUAUUUUGAGUUCUAGGUACAAAACAUCCAUUUGUAUCAUUGUUGUAGCGCUAUAUAUAUUAAACUAGAUAAUAGUAAUAUUCAUCAUUGCCCCCAGAGCAAACAUUUCACUCGUGCUGUUGUUAUGGAGUGUCCAGGUUGUGUAAAUAUAUCUAUGGUCAUGUGGUGACUUAGCUCAGGCUGAACGCAAUAAUGGAAAAAUACGGUACUUACAAUUCUGAAAUAGUCAUAAGAUCUUAUGGCUUUUUAUGCAGUUAUUAACUGUGAUUACAAAGGUUUCGCAGUGUCAUCGACAAUGCAAUAUUCAAGCAAUUGCGAAAGCAGUAAAUAUUUUAAACAAAAUACACAGACAAUAGAAAACCAUAAAUUAAACCAUGGAGGUAUUUUAUGUAUUGUGACAGGGCCAUCGCGACCAUUGACAUUUUUCUGUGCAUGUAUUGAUGUAUGUUGUGUAUUGAAAUAAAAUGUUUUUCCUUAGAA